GCCAACCAACAAAAAAUUACCUGUCAACGACGACAUUUACCCAAAUAUUUGUGAAAUUGAAAUCUCGUUUCUUUCCUAUUUUUCAUACAAAAAAUGUCUCCUAAAAGUAAAACUCCCAAUAAAUCUAGCGAUUUUGAUGUCGUCCAAUACUUCCUCAAUCUCAUGGAAAAAGACAAAGAUCUAAAUUCUGGAAUAGCAGCUAUCAAGACACUUCUCAUGAUCCUGGAAAAGAAACAAUUUGAAACAAUUCACAUUCUCCACGAAACAAUGCGCAAUGCUGUCGAUGCAAUGCGAAGAACUGACAUUUCCAUUGCUGCCAUCGUCUCUGGAGGAGAACUCUUUUGUCGAUUUAUCACACUCAGUUUAGAUGACAAGCAUAUGGAAGAAUGCCGACAGAUUAUGUUACAUCGUGGUAAGAUUUUCUUAGCCAAACUGGAACAAUCGAGAAUGGUAAUUGCCCGCCAGGCAGUACUUUUUGUUACCGAUGGUUGCAGAGUGCUAACGCACUCCAGAUCGAGAGUUGUAUUGCAAGCUCUCAUCACAGCUGCCAAGUCCAACAAACAGUUUCAUGUUUAUGUGACUCAUGGAGGACCAGAUAAUUCUGGUUCCCAAAUGUGCCGUGAUCUUGAAAAAGCUGGAAUCGAAACAACACUGAUUCUUGAUUCUGCGAUUGGCUAUGUCAUGGAAAGUGUCGACAUUGUGAUGGUUGGAGCUGAGGGAGUUGUAGAAAGUGGUGGCAUAAUAAAUCGAGUUGGUAGCUUCACGAUGGGAUUGUGUGCGCGAGAAAUGAAGAAACCUUUUUAUGUUCUGGCAGAGAGUUUCAAAUUUACCCGACUCUAUCCUCUGAAUCAGCGAGAUCUUCCAGAUGAGUAUAAGUAUCGAGCCAAGGACCUUAAUGAUGUUUCCAAAAGCCAUCCACUUGUCGAUUAUACCCCGCCAGCUUAUAUCACUCUUCUAUUCACUGACUUGGGUAUAUUGACUCCAUCUGCAGUAAGUGACGAACUGAUUAAGUUGUAUAUGUAAGCGAAGUUUGAAAAAAAAAAUUUCGAUGUAAAUUUGUUGGCAA